AAAGGCCCACAAUAGCAGGGGUGUGUGUGCAACCAGGAAGACACCUCCAAGAUGACCGCCAUCAUGCGUUAACACCCCUUUAUAGACACAGUCCGGUAUAGCAUGUCGGAAUCAAGGGGCAUAGUCUCGUCAUAGGCGGCUUUUUUAAUCAUCUUCAAGGAGCAGCAGUCCAACAGGCUGAACUUCAUUGAACUGUUUCUAGAGGUGCUGAAAACAGCAGAGAAAAUUGCCCGAGAAACGUGUGAGAAAAGGAAAGUAUGACAACAUGGCCAAGGGAUACAGGACCCACUGCUCAAAGAAAAGGCAAAGAUCCAGUCGGCUGAGAAGAGUGACAAAGUCACACCGGAGACAUCGAACAAGAUCAAAGAGGAGGAAACAUCACUCCAAAAGACGGAGGCCAUUACCUGCUUUCUUCCUCUUCAUGGCAGACAAACGUCCCUCGCUCAGGUGUGAUCAUCCAAACUGGACUGUGGUCCAGAUGGCCAAACGGUUGGGGGCUAUGUGGCACCAGCAGUCCACUGCUGACAAAGAAAAGUACAAGAAAAAAGCAGCUCAGCUGUGGAGCCAGUACCAUAAGGGCAAGGGCAAGGGCAACUGCACCAAGAAUCAGAAGAAGAAGAAGUCAGGCAGGUGCUCCGGAUUUAUGAGAGACUUGGAACGCCUGGGCUGUUGAUAAGUCUGGGAAGCCAUUUUAAGACAGCUCCUCACCCACCACGUCCAGAGCUUCUGUUAACGCUUGAGUAAAACUAAGGGCACAUCCCUAGCUAGUG